UCCUUUGCAAUAAAUUGAUGCACUUGAAUUAUUAAAAAAGAAAAAGAAAAAGGAAGCUUGUUCCACUCUUAGAAAUCUAGUUCAAUCAUUUUCUUUUUUUGGUGUGGAAGGGAUAGGAAGGCCGAUACAUUCAAAACUUUAGAAACUCACCAACUUUGGUGUUACGGAAUUGUCAAGUUAGGACUUCCGUCAAUAGAGUGGUGACUUGAGUGUUUUUAAUUAUUUUUAUACAAGCGAUAUUAAAGAGGAGGGAGAAAUUGAACCUAAGACCUCCGGUGUGGAGAAAAAUGCUUACCAUUUGAGCUAUAAACCCUUGUAAAUAUUAAAAAUUGAAGAUAGAGUGUUAUUAAAAUGGGUAAAGUUAAAAUAUAUAUAAAAACACUAUAAAUGUGUUUUUUUUUUUUCCAUACAAACACUGUCUCUACACUGUAAGUGACAGAAUUUUGUAAAUGGCACUAUAGAAACUGUGAAAUAACAUCUAUUUUAGUGGAAAUUAAAUUUGGAAAUUUGAUGCUCCAAUUUCCACGAUUUUUUUCAUGCAUCAUUUAAUAAAUUAUGCGCUUACGUUGCCAAAUAAAGGAAUUGUCAAUUUCUCAAUUUUAAAAUUUAAAUUAUAGCUAAAUUCUGAAUUAUAUUUUCUUAUCCAAACAGAAAAUAGGAUUAAAGUGGUGAGAAAAAUAUUUGCUAUUGUUGGAGGCAGUCCCAAUCUCUUGGGUACUAAUCAUUGGAGUUACACUUUUUCAACCCCUCCAUAAAUUUCCACCUGGCUUCUUAAAUUCCAAAACUUUGACUAGUCGUUGUCAUUUAGUCAAACGUGCACACCUUUUUUUCUUUUUCUUUUUUGUGGUAGUUUAACCUUUGCCUUCAUCCGUAACCUUCUAGCUCCUUCGAAUAGAGGGGCAGGGAGAGUGUGUUUGUGCAUUUUUGUGGUUCAGAGAAAAACAAACAAAUGUCAGGCCCUCAGUGCUGCUCGAACCCACCGACACUGGACCCAUCCACCGGCUCCGGCCAUGUUGAGAAGUUCGGUGGUCUGGACACCUAUGUCACUGGCUCCCCUGACUCCAAGCUUGCUAUUCUUCUCGCCUCUGACAUUUUUGGAUAUGAUGCUCCCAACUUAAGGAAGCUGGCAGACAAAGUUGCAGCUGCUGGCUUCUUUGUUGUGGUCCCUGACUUCUUUUACGGAGACCCUUUUGUACCUGGAGAUGAUGGAUCCUAUGCCAAUCUACCUACUUGGUUAAAAGAUCAUGGACCGGACAAGGCAUUCGAAGAAUCAAAGCCAGUACUUGAAGUUUUAAAAAGUAAAGGUGUUUCUGCAGUUGGUGCUGCAGGAUUCUGUUAUGGGGCCAAGGUUGUUGUUGAGCUUUCAAAGCAUGACUUUAUCCAAGCUGCUGUUCUUUGUCAUCCUUCAUUUGUCACUCUGGAUGAUAUCAAGGCGGUUAAGAUUCCCAUUUCAAUACUUGGAGCUGAGAUUGAUAAUAUGUCUCCACCUGAAGUCGUGAAACAAUUUGAGGAGGCCUUAACUGCAAAAUCUGAGAUUGAAUGCCAUGUGAAGAUCUUCCCGAAAGUGGCACACGGGUGGACUGUGAGGUACAAUGUUGAAGAUGAAGCAGCUGUUAAGGCCGCUGAAGAGGCUCAUCAAGACUUGUUGGAGUGGUUCUUGAACCAUGUCAAGUGAAUUCUAUCAUCACUAUGAAGCGUUGCAUUAUCACUUAAGAUGAGAACAGUUUGGCCCUUAUUUUAUCAACUGGACUUUAUUUACUAUAGAUCACAGUAAUGCCUGUAGUUUAGGUACCAUUAUGUGUAAAUUUAGUUGCUUGGAGGAGAGUAUAGGUUUGAAAUGCAUUGUUUAAAGUGAAUACCAAAUGGGAUAUUCAUCAUUCAAGUAAGAAACUGUCAUGUAAGAUAAGAACUAUGUGGUGCGUAUAUUUUUGCAAGAAAUGGUGGAGUUGAAGUUGUAGAUGUGGACCCUUAUUUUCUGAA